AUGGUGGUGUUCGCCUUUGUGCUCGGCACGUAUUUCCUGGUGACCGCCGGAGUCAUUUACGAUAUUAUCAACGAGCCGCCAAGUGUCGGACAAUCCACGGAUGAAAGAGGGUUUCAACGACCGCAAGCCAUUAUGCCGCAUCGCCUAAAUGGACAGUAUAUCAUGGAGGGACUGGCGGCUUCCAUCUUUUUCAGUUUGGGAGGCAUCGGAUUCAUAAUGCUCGACAGGAUCCACGAGCCGCAGUUGCAGAAGAACACACGCUUGACGUUGGCUGGAAUAUCAUUCGGCGCAAUAAUUCUUUCUUUCUUUGGCAUCCGCGCCUUCAUGAAGAUUAAAAUGCCUGGAUAU